ACCGUGCAUGUACACAUCACUCUCUGGUCGCACCCACUCUAUCCCCAUGACAUCCGGACACCGGUGUAAACAGCUUACUAGCCUUAUACAGCCAUUGCAUUGUAUAGCCGGUGUGAAGUUGUCUGCUUCUAGACUGUCUGUAGUGAGACAGCUAGUACAUCUAGCUAAAAGCCAAACGUUUAUAUUGGACUGAGCUUCGGACCUGAUUUGGGGGAGUUUUUCUGAUUGCAGAAUGUGGGGCAUUUGCAGCAGAGCUAUGGUAAAGCUGGGGUUGGCAAAACCCUCUGGCUUAGUGAAACCCUGUCACCUGGUAAAACCUGUAUCACCUACUCGGGUCACUGGCAGAUACCUCACUCACCAGAAUAGCCUGCCCCACCUGCCUGUACCACCACUGCAGCAGACCUGUGAUCGGUACAUUACUGCUCUGGAGCCCAUUGUGGAGGUGGAUGAGCUGCAGCACACUAAAGAGCUGGUGGAGGAAUUUCAGAAACCAGGAGGCAUUGGAGAGAGACUGCAGAGAGGCCUGGAAAAGAGAGCGAGCAAUACUGAGAACUGGUUGUCAGAGUGGUGGGUGCAGGUUGCUUAUCUUGACUACCGGUCGCCUGUGGUGGUCCAUUCAAAUCCUGGGUUGGUCUUGCCUCGCAUGAACUUCAGGGAUAAGCAGGGACAAAUAAGGUUUGCUGCCAAACUGAUAGCUGGUGUUUUGGACUUUAAGACAAUGAUUGACAAUGAGUCACUUCCAGUGGAGUACCUGGGAGGAAAGCCCCUAUGUAUGAACCAGUAUUACGAGGUGCUGUCAUCCUGCCGUAUCCCUGGCCUGAAGAGAGACUCAGUGGUGAACCACGCCAAGAGCUCGCAGCCCCCAAAGCACAUCAUUGUAGUACACAACUUUCAGUUCUUUGUGCUGGAUGUGUACAACAGCGAUGGGACUCCACUGACAGUUGAUCAGCUUUGUGUUCAGCUGGACAGGAUCUGCAACGCUUCACUACAGACCACCACAGAGCCUGUUGGCAUCCUCACCACCCUGCGUCGCGAUUCCUGGGGCAAGGCCUACAUCAACCUCAUCAAGGAUAAGACCAACAAAGAAUCUGUGACAGCUAUCCAGAGAAGCAUCUUCACUGUGUGUCUGGAUGGAGCAAUGCCUCAAGUGUCUGAAGAGACGCACCGCAGCUGUGCUGCCAUCCAGAUGUUGCACGGAGGAGGCGCCCAGUGGAACAGUGGCAAUCGCUGGUUUGACAAGACCCUGCAGUUUAUUAUUGGAGAAGAUGGGAUGUGUGGUGCAAACUAUGAGCAUGCCCCAGCUGAAGGCCCUCCCAUUGUGGCCUUGAUCGACCAUGUUGUAGAAUACAUGAGGAAGCCAGAAAUGGCGCAGUCUCCCACAGUGCCUUUGCCCAUGCCUCAGAUACUACACUUCAGUAUCACGCCUGAGAUCAAGGAGGUCAUUGAGGAGGCCAAGCAGAGUAUGAACACGCUGGCCCAGGAUCUGGAUAUGAGGGUUAUGGUAUUUAGUCACUUUGGGAAAAAUGUCCCAAAGGCCCACAAGAUGAGCCCUGAUGCCUUCAUCCAAAUAGCACUACAGCUGGCCUACUACAGGAUGUACCAGCGAUGCUGUGCCACAUAUGAGAGUGCCUCGCUGCGUAUGUUCAGACUGGGUCGUACAGAUACAAUCAGAUCAGCCUCAAGUGCCUCAGCUGCCUUUGUCAAGGCAUUUGAUAACCCCAGACUACAGAACACAGAGAAGCUUGAUCUAAUGGAGAAAGCUGUAAAAGCACACAAGUCAUACACUAAUAUGGCAAUCAGUGGCCAGGCCAUAGACAGACACCUCCUGGGCCUUAAGAUGCAGGCUAUUGAUGAAAAGCUCUCCGUACCCAAUAUCUUCAAAGACCCUGCUUAUGCUAAAGCCUUACACUAUCACCUAUCAACAAGUCAGGUACCAUCUAAGACGGACUGCCUCAUGUGCUUCGGUCCAGUUGUGCCCAACGGAUACGGCAUAUGCUACAACCCUAUGAACGACCACAUCAACUUUGCUGUGUCAUCUUUCAACAGCUCUAAAGAAACAAAUGGAGCACAUCUGGCCCAGUCUAUGGAGCGCGCACUAUUGGACAUGUGGACACUGCUGGAACAAACUCCAAGAGCCAAACUGUGAAGUUCCUUCAGACUUUACUAACCUCUGUAGAUGAAGUGGAGGCUCCAGGGCUAGCCUCAGUGAUGAAUGCAGCGAGUCAGACCUGAUAGGAAAACCACUUGCAGUGUGAUCAAGGGACAUUCAAAUGACUGUACCCCACACCUGCUGCAGUACUAUCAAGUCCUAAUGAGUGUUCUGAUUUCUAAGCAUGUUACUGAUUAUCAUCCUGCACUUUAUGCACUGCCUGCUGUGAAGUGCUGUUCAUCUGGUAUUAUAAUGCACACACAUGAAUUUAAAGUCACAAUAAUUCAUACAAUGAUGAUACAAUUCAUACAGUGUGUGUGUGUGUGUGUGCGUGUACAUUUGUUUUGAUUGAAAUGUUAGAAUGAUUGGAAAGGGAAAUGAUCUGCAACAAGCAUUUUAAUAUAUGAUGAAUCAAUCAUGUAAUUUUACAGGGAAAAUAGCAAAAUCUCAAGAGUUGCAGCUUCUAGGGCACUGUGGCAUCAGGUGACAUGUUGCUUAAUCUCUGAAACCUGGCCAGUAUGGACUGUACUAGCGUUAGUCUUUGAUUGCUACUCUACAUUGCUGUACUAUAUGGAGGCCAGUCAUACAUUACAGAAAUACAGCUGUGGAACUCCUUGAGCGGGGUUUGCUAACCCAUGUGCUCAAAAUGCUAAACAUUUUGCACAGGUUAAGAAACCGUACCCACAUGUGAAAAGAUUGUAUCAAUGUUUUUUGACUUUCCAGAAUCUGCAUUCAGAGUAAAACCAUGGAACUGUAAUUUUGUAAAAGUCUGUCAAUAUUUUAGCCAUGGUAUACUAACUUUUUUUUGUUGUAUCCCCAAAUAGCUCUCCUGCCCUGUACUUUGUCCUCAUGUAUAAAUCAUUUAUUCUGCCACUAGGAGUCACCAGAGUAGGAAUCAACACCCACAGUCUAAUGAUUUGAGGUGAUGCGAUCCUGCUUUCUUCUGUGAACUGCCAUGUCAUAUUUUUUGUCCCUUUGAAUGUAAUGAUUGUUUUCAUUAAUAAACUAUACCUAUUGA